CGGCUUCACUCGCCGGAAUCAUCCACUCCAGUUUCAUACUUCAGGGAGAGACAAAAUAACGGAAAGAAGAAGAUGUUUUUCCACAUAGUACUAGAACGAAACAUGCAAUUGCAUCCUCGCCACUUUGGCCGAAAUCUCCGCGAGAACAUCGUUUCCAAGCUCAUGAAAGAUGUCGAAGGCACCUGCAGUGGACGACAUGGGUUCGUGGUCGCAAUAACUGGUAUUGAGAAAAUUGGACAAGGAUUGAUUCGUGACGGAACAGGCUUUGUGUCUUUUCCUGUGAAGUACCAGUGUGUUGUGUUCAGGCCAUUUAAAGGGGAGAUCUUAGAAGCUGUUGUUACCAUGGUGAACAAGAUGGGAUUUUUUGCUGAAGCUGGGCCUGUGCAAAUUUUUGUUUCAAACCAUUUGAUACCGGAUGACAUGGAGUUCCAGCCUGGAGAUACACCCAAUUAUACAACUUCUGAUGGAUCCGUUAAAAUUCAGAAGGACAGCGAAGUACGAUUAAAGAUUAUUGGCACUCGAGUAGAUGCUACAGAAAUUUUCUGCAUUGGUACCAUAAAGGACGACUUUCUGGGGGUGAUAAAUGAUCCUAGAGCGACGGUGUAGUCAAGUUGUCGACUAGUUUUUAUAUUACAUGGGAUCACAAGGUUACCUUGUAAUUGCUUUUGUUUGUUCUGUUGUAUAGUGACCGGAACAUCGAUCAUUUGCUUGUGUUCUCAUUUAAAGUCACUUUUAUUUGUUCUUGUUAAGCUAUUAUUCAGGGUACCUUGUUCAGGCGAAAAAGCGCAAGGAAACAUUCAAGCAAAGUCGUAAUCCUUCACUUUUAUGUAAUUGCUUUUGCUUUUUUCCUCU